UAUGAUUUAAUUAACUAAAGAACAUCUUCAUGAUUAAAAUAAGAAGCUUACAGAAGAGAAUUAAAGAUUAGAAUUGGUUGUCUAUAGUCUAUAACGAUAAUUAUAAAAUCUUGGCUCUUUUAUAGAAAGAGCAAAAUUGUUAUAAGAAUAAGUGGAUGAGCUUAAUCAAGAAUUGGGAAAUGUUAGAAGGGACAAUACUCAAUUAUAAGAGAUUAUAUUCACAUUGUAAUCUCAAUUAAAUUCAAACAUGAAAACCACUCAUUUAGAAAAACAACUUAAUGAAUUGGAAGCCAUUAAGAAAAUCUAAGAAGAAUAACUAAAUGUUCUUUAAAAAGAAAAUGCUAAUCUAUAGAAACUAGUAAAAGACUUCAAUAAUAAAUAAAUUUCUAAUCUUCAAUUAUCUGCAGCUAAACUAGUUGAAAUUGGAAAUAAAAUAGAUUAAAAAUUAAAUGAUUAAUCUCAUAGAAGAAUGAUAAGCAAUCCUAUAUUAUCAAGUCCUAAAGGAAUCUCUAAAGAAAUAUAUCAAAAUUUAGUUCAGUAACUUUCUAACUAAAGCACCGAAGAAAAAUCACUCUUUGCUUCUCAGUAUUUAUUGAAAUUAUAUUAAAAUAGGCCAAAAAUCAAGCUUAAAGAUUCGAAUAUGUUCUCUUAAACAUCUUAAAAAAAUUCUAAAUUAUCAGGCUUUUAGGCUUUAUAAUUAGAUUAGCCUCUGCCUUCGAUUCCUAACCUUAUUAAAAAAUGA